CCUGGAUAUUCAAGCUUAUCAACAUCGACUGUUGCAGUAGCAAGUACUGUCAGGAUCGAAUGUGCCAGCGAGUCGAUAAUCGUCCACAUUUCCACGGAAGGGAACACUGAUUUCCAUGGAUUGGUCUAUCCUAGAGGAUUAUCCAAAAAUAGCUCCUGUUUGCAGGAAUACAAGAGCCAACCAGCGCCAAUUACAUAUCGGCUGCCUCUUAGGUCUUGCAAUACUAUGCCAACGGAAUUGGACGACGGAGGAAUAGAGUACUUCAACACAAUUGUAGUUCAACCGCAUUUGAAGCUGGUUACCAAUCAAGGAAGAGGUUUCCAUGUUAGGUGCCGUUAUCAGACGAGAGACAAAGUUGUUACGAACGACCAAACUCGCGUUGCGAUGCUCCAAUCCCUGCCGUUGCAGGAUACGGCGCCAAUACCUGGGUGUACCAUGAAGAUAUUCAGCGGAGAUCCAACCCGCCAUCACGUAGCGGAAAACGUUAAAAUUGGAGAUCCGCUUACCUUAGUCAUCAGUAUCGACAAACAAGAGAUGUUCGGGUUGAAGAUUUCGGAUUGCAUGGUCCGAGACGGUCUAGGUUGGGGAGAACAACGACUUAUCAAUGAUGAAGGAUGUCCUAUUGACGGCGAAAUAAUGGGACAAUUCACAUACAGCGAGGACAAAACGGAAGCAAAGGUCAAUUUUCAGGCUCAUAAAUUUCCUUACACUGCCAGCGUUUACUACCAAUGCAACGUAAGACUGUGUACCAAACAUGGCGGCGGAUGCUCCGAUACGCCGCCAUCUUGCAACGAGAUCAGCAGAAGGAAGAGAGCUACCGGGAGAUUAGACGACAAAGAUGUCGCUUUAGACGGUACUCCGGCGACCAUUGAAGUCUACAGCGGCCUCUACGUUAAUGAAGCUUCGGACCUUGGCGGGAAAUCUGAACUUACUGAUGAUGUCUUUCGAGAAAGGACUAUCGACGAAGCGGACAGCAUCUGCAUAUCACAAAGAAGCUUCGCAAUUGGAAUUGCUAUCGCAGGGUUGAUUCUCAUGAUCGCUGUGGUAGCCGCCAUCUUGGUUCUACUCGCUAAGAGAAGACACAAAAACAUUUCGACAACCGGCUCGUCUAUUUACAGCGGGCCUUAUACUAACACUGCUUACAGUCACAGCAGUUAAGGUUAUAAUAAGCUAAUAAAUUGUAUAUUAGCGUAAAUUCGCUAUAGUUAAUACAUUUCUUGCUCAAAUGGUUGCUCGUUGAUAGUAAAAGACACUUUUGCUAUGUUUAUUGUGGAAGAAAUCAUAGAACUGUCUCAAACUGAACUUAAACGCUUAUAUGUUAAUUAAGGUUAACGAAAACAAAAUUAAUAAUUAUUAAACCGAGCGUUUGGUAGUUUAAGAUACUAUAGAACGAAUAUAAAGUCAUGGGUUACGGUGGCGGGUAUAGUUACGUAGGUUAUGUUAACUAAUGAUCAGAAUUUUUUAUUCAGACGAGAAAUUAUUGAGAAACAGUCGCUAAAGAGGCUUUUUUAGUGAAAAGGCCCCUUUAAGAGCGGUCUUUCUCGUCUUUUCUCAAAAAUACGCAACGUGCAAUAUUACUCUUUGUUCAAUUUUUAAGAUACAAGACUCAAUGCAGCGUGGUUAUGUUUUGUCUCAUUUAUUUUGAGGUUAUACGGUGGCAUUGGUUCACAGUGGCAUUUUUAAGUAUUUUAUAAGUACUUACAAAACGAAUUUAAUGAGUUUAGAUUUUAAUGACACUCUGGACCUUUAUCACUCCUGACUGCGUUAUUUUAUUUUGUAAAUAAUUAAUAAAACGACUAAAUAAAGAUAUUUAAUAAAAA